AUGGAGGAGCUGAGGUUAAUUAAACAGGGGGUUCUUCCAGAAGGGGGGCGCAUGAUUGCUGUCAAGAGGCUUGCUGAAAACGCACCAGUGCCAUCUGGCAUGACAUUUGAAACUGAGGUUACAAACCUUAUGGCACUUAAACACCAAAAUAUAGUAGAGCUGCUUCACUACUGCCAUGAAGCACAGAAGAAAGUGAUUCAGCAUAAUGGAAGAUAUGUAAUUGUUGAAAUGACCGAAAUCUGUCUAUGCUACGAAUAUCUACCUAAGGGAAGUCUGGACAAAUACCUUGAUGAUGCAAAUGGCCUCAACCAAGUAAAAACAUGCAUUCUGAUUGGGUUGAAGUGUGUGGAGGUUGACCGUAAAAAGAGGCCUUCCAUAGUAGAUAUUGUUGAUAAGCUCAGUGGGAAAUUUGUACCAAUUUUUGAGCAGGUCUCCCCUUCCCAGCAUGCAUGA